AUGUUUAUUGUGCCCGAUGCAGCCGUGGCUGCAGCUGUGGGCAUGUCCGGCGGUGUCCUAGCUGCAGCCAAGAAGCAGCUGCGCCACCAGAUGAAACAGCGGCUGGCCGCCCUGCCGUCAGCGUCUGUCGACCAGCAGAGUUCCGCCAUCUUCAGCGCCCUUGCCGCCUUUCCGCCCUAUCGGCACGCCCGUCGCGUGGCCGUCUUCCUGUCGAUGCCCGCCGCCGAGGUCCAGACUGACGCCAUCGUGCGCCACGCCCUGGCUGCCGGUAAGCAGGUCUUUGUGCCGUAUCUGCACAAGCCCGGUUCCCAUCUGGCGGCCACCGGACUGCAGCAACCGCCGCCGGCCCGGGUCAUGGACAUGGUCCGGCUACACGACUGUGCUGACUACGAGUCGCUGCUACCCGACCGCUGGGGCAUCCCCAGCGUCUCUCCGGCCAGCGUGCCCAACCGGUCUCGUAUCCUCGGAGACGGAGACGGAGACGCCCCAGUAGCGGCACGCGCCCUCGACCUCGACCUCAUCCUCAUGCCCGGUGUCGCCUUUGACGUCGAUCCCGCCUCCGGCCGCAUUCGCCGCUGCGGCCACGGACGGGGCUUCUACGACUACUUUCUGCACCGCUAUGCCUCGGCCGUGUCGCCAGCCGUCCAUCUCUGCGGCCUUGCCCUCUCCGAGCAGAUCCUACCUAACCAUGCCGACAAAGCGGUGCCAACGGGCCCCCACGAUAAGCCGCUAGACAGUCUCAUCACUGGAGCCGGUACCAUCGUAACAUCGCUGGGAUAG